GCCCCACGAGCGCCGCGCCCCUCCGCCGCCAUGAAGCGCGACCCGCAGCGCCCCGAGGAGCGGCCGAGCCGGGCCGAGCCGCAGCCGGCCCCGAGCACCCCCGAGCCGCCGGGGGAGGCGGAGGGCGCCGAGCCGCCGCCGCCGGUGUGGAUCUUCGGGUACGGCUCGCUGGUGUGGAGGCCGGGCUUCGAGUUCACCUCGCGCAAGGUGGGCUUCAUCCGCGGGUACAGCCGCCGCUUCUGGCAGGGGGACACGUUCCACCGCGGCAGCGAGAGGAUGCCCGGCCGGGUGGUGACGCUGCAGGAGGAGCGCGGGGCCUGCACGUGGGGGGUCGCCUACGAGGUGCGCGGGGAGCAGAUCGCCGCGUCGCUGCAGUACCUCAACGUGCGGGAAGCGGUCCUGGGAGGCUACGACACCAAGCUGGUGACGUUCCACCCGCAGGAGAAAGACGCGGAGGAGCCCAUCCUGGCUCUGGUUUACAUUGCAACGCCCCAGAACCCCUCUUACCUCGGCCCGGCAUCUGAAGAAGACAUUGCGGCUCAGAUCAUCGUAUCAAGCGGUUGUGCUGGUCAUAACAUUGAGUACUUGCUAAGGCUGGCAGACUUUAUGCGCUACUUUUGUCCUCAAGCAGAGGAUAAACAUCUCUUCUCCAUCGAAGAGGCUCUUGUUUCCAUCCUUCCCUGUCUAUACUACACAGAGGAGUCUCUAGAAGAAACUGCCAAGUGUCCCUUGGAAGUCCAAGGGCUGAAAUAGGUUACUUUUUUGAGGGGUCCCAACAGAACGAACAUAAGGGAGAAAGCAACGGGGACAAUCUUAACUCUGAUAAAAUAUACUGGACUGAGUGAAUAAAGGGAGAAUUGGCAAGUGGUAGGGGAGGGGUGGAGUGGAGCAAAACACGCUUGCUAUAAGACUUGCAAUUAGUACCUGUUACACUCCCUACCUGUAGCACCAUGACAGCCAUCGCUGCUUUCUGUGUGGGGAGCAGGGAUCUUUGCUGGAACUUUGCUCUGUAAGGCUUGCUUCAAACCUGAAGCAUCACUUUCUUUAGAGAAGAAAGAGGCUCAUCUAUUCCAUGCACCUUUUUUUUUUUUUUUCCUUUAAAGACUAGUUGAGCAGGACUUGACUGGGUUUAAGCAGUAUGUAUGUAAUUCUACCUCAGGCUGGCAAAAAGCUGUUUGUGUGGUGGUGGAGAGUUGGGCAGAUUCUGCUAAAUAAGACUUUUUUUGGUUUUUGUUUGCCCCCCCUGCCAUGUCCCACCUCCAGUACCAUGACCUGACACUAGAUUUCAGGACUACUGUGCAAUAUUAAGUGAACUGGCCUCUGUAGGCUCCUGUGGAUCCUCCUUCCUUAUGUUGUGAAGGAUCAUGGUAAUGCACUUAUUUUCUAAAAUGUAAUACUGUACUCAUUAUGUGUUGUGUUUCCCCUUUGGAGGGGUAUCUAAACUGCUCACAUGCCACAGGGGUAUGCAGCCCACAUUCAACCUUGCAUUUGUGCCUUCUAGUUUUAAAUCAGUUUUCUGAGGAGCUAAGCCUGCUUUAACGACAGAAGCUUUUCUCCAAGCUUCGUUGACCUUGUGCUGCUACAGACUUAACAGACUCUUUAAGAAAUGGUCCUGCCUGCAGGAACGCUGCCCAGGUGCAGUAGCAUUUUAACCAGCCCUGUGCUGGAUGUAAUCUCUGGUGCUUCAGGAUGACGUGGGUUUCUGUAGAAGCAUUUGAAGGUUCUAGUUCCAUACCAGGGUGUCUGUCUGGUAGACUGUUACUUGACUGCAGAGGACCAUGGCUGAGAGCAGACUUGUAAGCCUCUGAGUACUGAGAAGCCUGCCUUGAUAGUGUUAAGCAGAGGCGCUGCUGCAAGCUCAGACUUUUCAGCUCCAUGUAUUAACAGCAUGAUAACCCAUAGUAUUUUAUAAAAAAAGCGCUACGACUGCAGCAAAAUAGCUUGUGAGAGCUGGGACGUUGGAAUUCUCCCCAGUGCCAUGUGUUUUAUUAAUUAUUAAAAAAAAAAAACCAAA